AUGUACAAAGACUCGAUGAAGCCAGACGAAGAUCGGACAAACCUGACAAAUAGUGCAGAGCGGAGAAAGAUACAGAACCGCCGUAAUAUGAGGGAGCGCACAGAUGAGGUACAGAGGCUCAAGGCAAGGAUCUGUGAGCUUGAGGGCACACAGAAGAGUACCUCACUAGACGCGUUUCUGGACGCUUUGCCAAGCACGGAUCCCAAUCCUCUAGGGGCCUUUGGCCAUGACUCCGAUCUUAAUAGUCAAGGGCAAUGUGGAGGUGGGGAUAAACGGACAGUUUAUGCAAGCACGGGCUGGACUCACCCAACCCAGCAGGAGUCGAUGGCUGUCCUACAAUCGUCAUCGAACCCCAAAGCCUCUCAUGAUCUCGAGACGCCAGCAGGCCUCUCAAAUUUGGUACAGAAAGAACCGACGCCGGCGACAUCACCAAAUGCUACGCCGCGGAUCACUUAUGCUCCACAAAAGCGGCCACCGCUUGCAUCUAGCAUGCGAUCUGGCCAGGAUCAAUUCCAGGAUAAGGGCGACACAGCCGUUCUCUCGCCACCGUUUUUGCCAAGCCAGAAUCCUCAGUUUGUAACCAGGGCAGGGAAAACCUCAACAGCCCUUGUCGAGAAUGACCGAUUUCUCACAGAUAACGCAGAGCAGUACUUCAGUUCUACACAGCCUGUAACGAGGAGUAUCAUUGUUGAUAGCAACGUCUCCCAGAAGCCUGGAUUUGAGAGUAAACCCACUCAAGGAAUUGGCAGGAUGCAGACCCAAUCGCCGUCGCCACUAAAGUCAGAACAAAGUGAACUGAGCCUGUCACCAUCGUGUGGGCAUACAAGCCUACUUCACCUGGCCGUGGAGUCUGGAAAUGCCGACACGCUCCGCCUUCUGCUUCAGGACUACGGAAUGUCCACCACGAGAAGGCAUGGCGCUGGAUAUACACUCUGCAGCGUGCGGUACUAUGUGGCCGCACGGAUUUAG